AUGACCUCAGCUGAGGCCAGUGCAAAGGGUAAAAUGUUCCUCAGCUGCACAGCCGGGAGACGGACACAGAAGUUCACGGGGCUGGAGAAGGUCCCUGGGCUGCAGCAGGAGGAGCGGGGACAGGCAGAGAGCCCGGUGUCCCCAGUGCUCUGCCCGGGAAGUGGGAUCUGCUGGCUGCAGCAGGGGAAGGAGGCCAAGUGCACCAUGAUCCUGAAGACAGGCGUGACGUGGGAGGAGUGCUGUGCCAACGGCAACGUGGACGUGGCUUGGUCUAACUACACCUACCCUGGCAACAAGAUCAGCCUGCUGGGCUUCCUGGGGCUGGUGACCUGCCACCCCUGCAAAGAGAGCUGCGAGGGGGUGGUGUGCGGCCCCGACAAGGUCUGCAAGAUGAAGCACGGGCGUCCCCAGUGCGCCUGCGCCCCCGACUGCUCCAGCCUGCCCCGCAAGCUGCAGGUCUGCGGCUCCGACGGCUACACCUACCGCGACGAGUGCGACCUGCUGACGGCCAAGUGCAGAGACCACCCCGACCUGGAAGUGAUGUACCAGGGCAAAUGCAAAA